UUCUUGGUUUGAAUACGCUGACAACACCAGUUUGUGUUUACACUCUUAAUGUUUUAUUUCUGACAUUUUCUGAACGAGGCAACAGUUUAAGGUACGAACGUUCUUGAAUAUAUGUUUCCUGGUGUUAGCAUGCUGGCAGAAGAAGUGUGCUCCCCGUAGUCAGAGGACGAAACGGAUUGUUGGAGCCAUAUUAGUCAGACUCUGGGAUUAUAUCCGAGCAGCUACCUGCAGAGGGGAAAACUGCGCUUCUACGUUAACGAACAUGCUGCUCAACAGUCAGGUAGUUAGUAGCUAGCUCAUAUGAUGAGGAGGAAAUCACGCCAGACCUGCAGAGAGACCAACCUCUGUUAUAAAACGUCCUCCGCUUUAUUUUGCUCUGGAAAUAACGCUGCAUAAGUAUAAAACCUGCUUAAAACGAUUAAACGCCUCAAAAGUCCUUCAUAACCUUUAAAACACGGUGACCGUUAAGCGACGUACGUUGAUCGUGACACCCAAUGUACACAUACGUCUCCAUCCGGUCAGCUGCUACGCCAAAUAUGGAUGUGAGCGUUAUAAUGCUUCCCAAAAGCUACGUGGAUGUUGCUAAUCCUGGUACCCCAGGCAGGUUAUUUAAAUUCAGCACAAAUGUAAAGAAAUGUGUUUUCUCAGUUAUUUCUUUAUUGUAACAAUAAUUGACGGCCAAGCAUUUCAAUAAAACAGAGGCAGUCAGAAGAAAACAGUUUCCUCACCCUGUCAGCAGCAGUUAGGAAGUGCAGCCAAGGUUUGCAGGACGAUGUGGCCGAAAGCUCUCGACCCAGACCGAACAGACUGCACGCAGCCAGACGGCAGUGCCGGUGUUUGCAACAUGUGCACGGAAACCUGAAUAUGUGAAGGCACAAGUUCAGCGAAUGGUCCAAAUUCAGAGUUAGGGUUGUUACCGCACCAGCACUGACUACCAGUUAACUUCUGGCACCGAGUAGUGACAAUAGCAACGAUUAGUUGACUAGUUGUGCACAUCCCUAAUCUAAAGUUGUUAUGGUUGUGUGUAACUUUUAAAUGCCCUAUUUGCAUCAGCCAAGUCAGCGAUGUGUGUUUAUAAUUUACCUUGAUUGUGUUUCAUUUCAGUUCAAGGUUGGACACGCCAAACAGUCGUGUGACGUUAGUAUGUAGUUUUGGAGGCAUCUCAGCUUUGAGGGCUGUACCAUGAAGUAAGUUCAGCAUAGCUAGUUUGGAUCAGCUGGCUCGUCAACACCUGAAAUCGCAGACAGGUGGACUUCUAAACAUGGAAGAAGAGCUGUUGAUAGGCUGGCAGGAAGAGAAGCUGCAUCUUAAUCAGGAGGUGUGUCGGCUGCAGGAGGAGCUGGCAGAGAGUCAUGCUGAAAAAGAUGAGCUAGAAUCCAGGAACAGAGCUCUGAAGGACAGGCUGUGGCGGUCGUUGUCUCCCUCACUUGCUCUCACUCUGCAACUAGAGGGUGAGCAGAGGGAAUGGAAGAAGAAGGUAAGGGAGGGGAGAGAGAGGGAGGCCAGGCAGGCCCUGCUGAUCCACAGGCUCCAGAACAAGGUGUUGGAAUACAGAGAACGAUGUCAGCAUUUGGAGCUUCGGCUGCAGGAUAAUCAUACACAGAUGCUCAGCACCGAGAGAAUCAUAGAUGACUCUCUGGAAAGCGCCGUUCUCAGACUGGAGGAGGAACAACAGAGGUCAGUCAGUUUAGGUGACACCAAUAGUCUCCUUUGCAAGCAACUUGUCCAAUCAGAGCAGGCCAACCACGCCCUGAAGGAGGACCUCCAGAAGCUGACGAAUGAUUGGAUGACAGCUGUGGAAGAGGCAGAGCAGCGAGAGGCUGAUUUGCAGAAAGAGCGAGAGCGUCGGCUGUGUCUUGUGGGGGAGCAGCAGGCUUGGCUGCUGUCUAUCUGGAGAUCUGUGGCUGCUCUGAGACGGGACUGCCACGCUAUGAAAACGGCUGCUGACAGGGACCUGUGGCAGCUGAAGGCCGAGUUUUCUCGCCUCUCAUCCGUUCUCCUCUCCAGCUGUGACUCUGUCUCCUCCUCUCUGAGGCUCAGCACACUUUACAUUAAUCCUCUCUCCUUCUCCGCUUCUCCCCCUCUUCUCGCUUCCCACUUUCCUCCCUUUUCAUUCUAUUCUCCUCCUCCGUCCUCCGAUCUGGCCCUUUGUCCUCCGAACUCUUCUGUACCUCCUCUCCUCUCAUCCACAAUGCGAAUCUUUUCUUUGGGAGAGUUGGAACUCAAAGAGGAGAAGGAUGAGGGAAGGAGGGACGAGGACGAGCAAGGCACUUCAGAGGUGAAGUCUGUUCAGGAGACUCAAGUUUUACAGCUGCAGCAGAGAAUUGAGGCGCUCACUGGCUCACUGCAGACCGAGGUCAGUCUGAGGGAGGAGAGCGAGAGGGAGGCCGAGAGACAUAGAGUAAUACAGAGAAGCCUGCAGUCUGUGAGCCAUGCUGUGAUCAAACUGUCCAGAGUCCUGACCUCAGCCAGCAGUCAGUCGCUGAACAUCUCCUCAGAGGGUGUCCUUAGCCUGGAUUUGUCCUGCUUGCUUUCCGUCCUGUCUCAGACUGAGAGCGCCCUACAGUGGAGAAAUGAGGAAUUACAGGGGGCACAGCGAUCUCUGCAGCAGCUCGGUGAGCAGAGAGCAGCCCUGCACCUGCGACUGAAGCAGCUGGAGGACGACAACCAGCAGCUACACACACACAAACAACAACAGCAGCAGGAGCUCGGCCACAUUAUGGACGUACUGAGCAGAGAGAAGGAGACGUCGUCCUUCCUGCGUCUGCAGGUCGAGGAGCUGCAGAGGAGGGAGGAAGAGCUGAGGAGAGAACAUCACAGACUGAGAAAGGAGAAAGACGAACAGGAAGAGAGAAACAGACAGCUGCAGACAGAAAUGCGCAGACGAGUUGAGACUGAGGUGUUGGAGAACAUCCAGCUAACAAAGCGGGAGACUUUGACCCAAGCAGAAAUGUAUAGUCUGAAGGGAGCACUAGAGAGGGAGCAGCUGGACAAGCAGCGAGCCGAGGAAGACUCUUCUGAUAUGAGAGAUGCCUUACAGAAGUCCAGGGAGUGCGUGUCGCGUCUGUCGUUGCAAGAGGGCACGUUAAGACGGGAGGUGGAGGAGGGACGGGAUGCGCUAGACAAGCUGUCCACCCUGAACUCUUCUUUGGCCUCAGACAAGAGAGAGCUGCACAAACAGCUGCUGCAGCUGGAGUCUGAGCUGUCAGAGGGCCAAUCACAGCUGCAGGCUCAAAGGUCACAAGUCAGUUCCCUGGAGAGGGAAGUCAAGACCCUAAACAUGGAUUUCAGCAAGCUCAGAGUACAGAGAGAGGCUGAGGAAGAUGCUGUUCAGCAGCUGAGAGGACGAGAGCCAGAGGAAGAUGGGAGCUUUCCCUCUGUGGGUGAACAGCAGGUGGAUGACCUGUCCUUUCAGCAUGCCGCAAUGUGUGAGGAGCUGAAGGAGGUGCAGGACCGGCUGGGGCACGCAAUGGAGGAGGUGAAAAAUAGGAGCAUACAACAGCAGGAGCAGCUCAGAGAGAGUAGGCGGCUACAAGAGGAGCUGGAUAGUCUGCAGAAGCACAAGGAGCAGCUCGAAGUUGAUCUGCAGGAGAUCCGGUCUCUGUCGCUGUCUGCCCACCAGCAGCUCAGUGAGCAGCAGAAGCGUCUCUCACAGUCAGAGGUCGAAAAAUGUCAGCUGAACACACACAUCCACACUCUGAAGCAGGCCAAAGAUACCUUACAUGGGGAGAUCCAGUGUCUGAGAGGCGAGCUGGAGGAGAUGAUGUCCAGGGUAGAAGAUGAGAAGAAGAGGAGAGAGAUGAGUGAGGAGGAGAGGAAGGCACUGCAAGAGGACAUGGAGAGGAUGACAGAGGAGAUAGAGAAGCUGAGGAGGAGGAGAAGGAGGGAGGAAAUGGAGAGGAAGGAUGAGACGGAGACCGAACAGGAAGAAAGGAGUUUCUUUAGUGAGAACUCGGGGAGAAGAGGAGCUGAGGUGCUGAGGAAUUGCAUUAAGGGAUUAACUGAGGAGGUGGAGGAGAGGCAAAGAGAAGAGGAGAAAAUGAGGAAGGAGGUAAUAGAGAUGAAGACUCGAAUCAACCUCACGAUAGAAAGAGUACAGCGAUUAGAAGGAGAGAAGGAGGAACUGGAAGAGGAGGUAAAGAGGACAGAGGAAAGGCUGAGAGAGGAGAAGGAGUUUUGGGAGGAGAGGAGAAGAGAGGAGACGAAGCAGAGGGACAGAGAAGUGGAAGCCCUCUGUGAGCGGAUGGGGAGAUUGAAAAGGGAGGAGGAAAGGGAGAAGAAGGCGGACCAGCUGAGGACAGAAGCUGAGAGGGACAGAUGGAGGGUGAGAGUGGAAGAACAAGAGGAGGAGAUUAACAGACUGAAAAAAGAAAUCUCAACAUCACAAGAGGAUGAAAGGAGAAAGAAAGACAAACUGCUCGAGGAGAAGGAGGAGGUGGUUGCAAAGCUGCUCGAGAAGCUAAAGGAGAAAGCUGCGGAGGCAGAGCUGAUGAGGCAAAGGCUGAAUGUGGCCAAUGAGAAGUUUAAUGAAUUUAAGGCAGAGGCGAAAUGUAAGCAGCAGAGCCUGGAAUUACAGGUGAGGGAAAGAGAAGAAGUAGGGGAGGAACAUCGGGAACAUCUGAAGGAGGGGGAGGAGGAAGGAGAGAGGGACCAUCGAGAGGUGAAUGCCAGACUAAAGCAAAAGGAGGUAAGAGGAAGUAGGAAAGGUAUGGAAAAAGAUGACACGAUCUCCUCCCAGGUUAGGGAGCUACAGGAGGGACAGACAAAGAGCGAGGGAGCAAGGAAAAGAGUAAGAGAAAUGGAGGAAGCCCGUGACAGGCUGCAGGUGGAGAUAAAGGAGUGGCAGGAGAGGGCAGAACACAGCGAGAGUGAGGCUACAAAGCUUAACCAUAUCUGUGUGGAGCAAGAGGAGGAGGUGCAGCGGUUAAGAGCUAUACUGGAGGAGAAGGACGAGGAGAGAAGAGAAUGGGAGGCACUAAGUAGAACCGAGAAAGAAAACACGAGGAGACUGCAAAGUAAGCUGAUGGAGGUCGGGGAGGAGAAGAAGAGAUUAGAGGAGAAAGUUAGGGAGGCCGAGGAAGAGAGAGAAGCACUUAGGAGAGCUGGGGAGGAGACAAAGAGGCUGGAGGAACAACUGUCUGAAGUAGAAAGUGACAUGAAGGUCCAAAGAGAGGUGCUGAGGAAGACGGUGGAGGAGAAGAGGAGACUGGAGAACACGCUAAAGGAGGUUCAGGAGACGACGAAAGGAGAAAUGGAUGAGCUGAUGAUACUGAGGGAAGAGAAGAAACGUCUGCAGGAUAAAUCGAUAGAGAUGGGAAAAGAAGCUGAUGGACCAAUGAGAGCGAAAGAGCAGCAAGCAAGGCUGUUGGACACCGAGGAGGAGGAGGCGUCGACUCUUAGGAGGGAAGUGCAGAAGGAGAUGGAGAGAAGCAAUCUAGAGAUGUCGGUGCUUAGGGAGGCGGUACAAAAGGAGAAAAGAAGGAAGGAGGAGGCACAAGAUGAGCUGUUAAACUGGAGAGAAGAAGCACAAUAUCUCAGAGAGGUGUGGGGAGAGGAGACGCAGGAAGAGCUGAGGACGACUAAGAUGGAGUUACUGGUUAUUAAAAAAGAGCUGCAAAAAGAACAAAAUGAGAAGGAGCAGAUAAAGGAGAAGCUACGGAGGACGGAGGAAGAGGUGACAGCUCUCAAGGAGGACGUGCAGGAGAUGGAAAACGAUAAGCUGACAGAGACGAAAGAUGACUUUCCUCAGGAGGAGUUGAGAGGAGUGAAGCAGAGCGUGGAGGUGAUGGUGCGAAACUCCCUGCAGGUGGACACUCCGAGUCAGAGCACAGAGGAGAUGGAGGACCGGGAUGGAAUCGGAUUAGCUGGAUCACAGCAAACAGAUGCAGCUUUGGUGGGCUAUAAAAGGAGACCCCAGCAGGAGGAGCAGAGCCCAGUGGCCACGUCUGAUACAGAGGGUUUGAAGGAGAGACUGACGGUCCUGCAGAGUCUGGUGGCUGAACUGGAACUGGAUCAGAAACGAUUGAACAAGAAAAACUUUCAUCUGGCAAAUCAGAAAGACAAACUGAAAAGAGCGACACACACACUGAGAGAGACGCUGCAACAGGUGGAGGAAGAGCGCUCGAGGCUCAGACAGCAGCUGAGUGAGAGCAUCCAGGGGUCUUUAACCACCACAGAAGAGCAGCAACUGAGGAGCAAAGUGAGGGAGCUGCAGGACCAGGUGAAGCAGCUCCAGUUUGCACUGGCUGUCGGUCAGCAACAAAGGGCAGAGUUCAUUCAGCAGUCCUCCCGAAACAGCCAGUCAGUGCUCUCUCUGAGACUUGACCUCAGUGAUUCACUAGCAACUAUCACACAACAUCCAAUCCCAUCCAUCCUAGAGUCUGAGACACAGCGAUUGGAUCGUAGCAUGAGGGAGGAGGAGCUCAGAAUGUCCUUCAGCCAGCUGUGAAAAUUCAGGACCAAAUGUUCUUAAUUACUUUACACUCAUUAAAUUGAGAGGUAGAGCCGUCUUGAACAUUCAGGUCUCUUCUCUGUGAGCUCUUUACCUCAUGUUUAUUUAUUUAACCUUUAUUUAUACAGGCAGUCCCACUGAGACCUGCUGUCUCAUUUACAAUAGAAAGUAUAGGCUCUGCCUCGUACUCAUCCAAAUAGAGCUCUUCCUGUCAGAGGAUUCAAAGCAACUAAUUAAAACCAGCCAAUCAGAAUACAACGGGAAAUAAUGCACAUACACCUGCUUUUCUUGCUAUUAAAGCCAAAACAACCUUUUCUGCAUUGUUAGAAUUACACAGAAUUAACACGAUUUAAUAACAGUUCUGGUGAUUAUUGCUGCAUCGUAGACAUUACUUUGGUCUUCUUCUGUGACCUCAUGGUUUCUUUUCUCUGCAUCACACAAAGCAAAGAAAUUCUUACUUUUCAAAUUAUUGUCAGUGUUUCUGCAUAUUUAUUCUUCUGUUUUUGUUCUGUGGUUAUACUGGUCAUGUUUCACAUGCUGGCACUUUAAUACUUUUGUCUCAUUUUCGUACCAUUAUUUCUGUAUACAGUCAUGUAAUAACAACAGCACUUCUUACAGCCACGAAGCUUAAAAAGCUGAUAAACGUUUACAGUCCAACAAUGCCGCUUAUUUAUAUUUGUUUGUUUUAAUGCGCAGCUCUUCCUCGAGCAUAAACCCAGACUCCCCUGAGUCAGAGUGGCUCAGGUGAGUCUGGGCCAUCAUGUUGUCUUUUCUAGAUCCAAAAGUGACAAUUUUUUUUUUAACACUACCUUAUUAAGGUGGCCACCCUGAUUACCAAGAUGUAUUUAUAAAUUGCACAGGUGUAAGGUGUACCCAUUUAUACUGAGUACUAAUAUUAAUAAAAUAAUUGUCACUCUGCAAAACUGAAGGAUCAUGGAUGCAAUGUUCACAGCAGCUGUGAUGCUUGGACACUGAUUAAUGCAGAACAAGUGUCACAAUUGGCCAGUCUGAGGGGAAGUGCCACUAAAUGUUUGCUCCAACCCUGAAAUACAUUGCAGUGCCUUCCCACAGUCCUCCAGUCCGAGCUUACUCAGGCUCAUGUUGAAGUCAAAGGUCAACUCGUGGUGUGUAUUUGUGUGUAAAUAUGUGUGGCCAGCUCGAGGAAGCGUCCCGGGGGGAAGGAAGCUGGUUUAGACAACACCCUGAAAUCUGAGAGCUGCACCUGAAGCAGCUGACUGGCCCUCCAGUUCAUUUCCUGUUUCAUCAAAUCACUGUCAGUGCGUAGAGCAGCGAAUUAACUUGUACAAGUUUACAUUUUUACAAACACUGAAAUCCCAGAUUUAUGAUAGUUUGCUGUUUUUAUAGUUAUUCAUUUGUCAACAUAAGAGCGGAGAAAGUGAUUACAUCACACAUUCAACAUCAUCUCGUCUCAUUUUCUGUUACACAUUAAUCAUGAGUCAUUUGUCAUAUAAGCUGAUUGAUGGAAAAUUGUCACAGUUUGAUCUUAGAUGUAAACAUGAGGCUAAAAUGACUUUAACACUGAACGUGUGUGAAGUAAGGUUUAAAAUGCAGCUGCAGACACUUUGUUCUGAACAUUAGUUUGAGGUUCAGGUGUGAUGCACAGCCCGGACAGCUUUAGUUUGAACUUAACAGCUACUUUUAAAAGUUAUUUACUUGUAUUUUAUAAUAAAAUUAUUCUAAAGUUGUCAAACAUUUUAUGCUGUCUGAUUGUUGAAUUCACAGAAUGAUACUGAAAUAAAUCAUAAAUGCUA